AUUGAUCAAGUCAAUUUUAGUCACCACACAAAUCAAAGACUUCCCUUAGUUCCUGUUUGGGAAAACCCAGAGACUACAUUGCAAACUGUGAACCCUUCUUCCCUCAUCCUUCACCUUUCUUUCUUUCUUUGUUGUGAUCUCAUCCGCUGCACUUGAGAUCCAAUCAUGGCUGCAAAACUUGAUGGUGGAGCUUAUCUCACCUCCUUUGUUGAUGCUAUUUUGGAGAAGCUUUCUCCAAUACUUGAAGACGACUCAUUCCUGGAAAGGAACAUCUUGCUUGGAAGGUUGGAGAAAACUCUGUAUGAGGCUGGACCUGUUCUUGAUGAUGCUGAGCAGAAGCAGUUCACUGACAAGAAAGUGAAGAAGUGGCUUCUUGAUCUCCAAGAUGCUCUCUAUAAGGCUGAUGAUUUGGUCGAUGAGCUCUCCACUCAGGCCGCCAUCGCCACCGCUCUAAGAGAUCCAGGUAUCUCUUCUUCCUGUUCUUCUCUUGUUGAUUCAUAUAUUGAAGAUACUGGUGACAUGGAAAAAAUAGUUCGUACACUAGAGUCUGUUGUAGCAAAGAAAAAUCAUCAUCGGCUGAAAGAGUGCACCAAGGUGGACAUGUCGUCAUGGAGAACUCCAUCAACAUCUCUCGUUGUAAGCUCUGCCAUAUUUGGUCGGGACAAAGACAAGGAGAAGAUAAUCAAAUUGCUGAUAGAUGAUACUCGUCAUGCUGAAUCACCUGUGACUGUCAUCCCCAUUGUGGGUAUGGGCGGAAUAGGAAAAACUACUUUGGCUCAAUUGGUUUACAAUGAUGACCAAGUGCAGCAAAAGUUUAAUGUUAAAGCAUGGGUUUGUGUUGGUGAAGCAUUUGAUGUUCUUAAGGUGACAAAGACUGUAGUGGAGAAAGCUACUUCUGGUUCUUGCAACAUGAAUGAUUUAGAUUCAUUUCAACAACGUUUGAGGACUGAGGUAACAGGGAAGACGUUUUUGGUUGUUCUGGAUGACAUGUGGACCAUUGAUUAUGAUGAUUGGAAAACUUUUCUAAUUCCCUUCCAAUGUGGAAGUCAGGGAGGAAAGAUUCUUGUAACAACCCGCAUUGAUGCUGUUGCUUCUAUGGUGAAAACAAUUCCAGCUCACAAUUUGAGUUUGUUGGAUGAUGAACAAUGCUGGUCUGUGUUUGCAAAUCAUGCAUUUUUCCCUACUGAAUCCAGAGAUCGUUUGGCUUUAGAAAAAGUUGGUAGAAAAAUUGUUGAGAAGUGCAAAGGACUGCCUUUGGCUGCUCAAUCACUUGGGGGCUUGCUGAGAACCAAGGAUAAUGUAAGCGACUGGGAAGAUGUUUUGGUGAGUGAGAUUUGGGAGUUUUCUGAAGAUGAGUGUAGGAUUCUUCCUGCAUUGAGAAUCAGCUAUCAUUAUCUCCCUUCACACUUAAAACGUUGCUUUGUCUAUUGUUCUUUAUAUCCCAAAGAUUAUGAAUUCAAUAGAGGUAAAUUGAUAUUGUUGUGGAUGGCUGAAGAUCUUUUGCAACAAUCAAAGAGUGGAAGCAUUUUAGAAGAAGUUGGAUAUAAAUACUUCAAUGAUUUAGCUGCACGAUCAUUCUUUCAACCUUCAAAGAAUGGUUAUGAAGAUUCAUUUGUGAUGCACGAUCUCAUGCAUGAUCUAGCGACAUUUUGUGGUGAAAAGUUCUUUGUUAGAAUCUCUGAACACGAGAAUGUAGCCCAACAUGAUACUAAAACUCGUCAUUUGUCAUAUGAUGUCAACGACAAUAAUUCAGUCCCGAAGAUAUUGGAAGUAUGUGAGAGUUUAAGUCAUGUGAGGACCCUGUUUCAAAUCAAGGCAGAUUUAUACCGUCAACACAAAGAGGGAAUUGAUCCUCGUGGCUUACUAGCACAGUUGAAGCGCUUACGUGUUUUGUCAUUUACAUCAUUUAAAAUUGAUAUAUUGCCUGAGUCAAUAGAUGAUUUGAUCCAUUUGCGUUAUUUGGAUCUCUCUGGUACACCUAUCGUGACAUUGCCCGAGUCCAUGAGUAACUUGUAUAAUUUACAAACAUUGAAGUUGAGAAGAUGUGAAAAACUUAAAAAGCUUCCAAGCAAGAUGCAAGAUCUUGUAAAUCUGCGCCAUCUGGAUAUUACAAGGACUAAUUUAGAAGAGAUGCCAAAAGGGAUGAGCAAAUUGAAAGAUUUGCAAUUUUUAAGUUGCUAUAUUGCGGGCAAACAUGAAGAGAAUGGGAUUGAAGAAUUGGGAGAGCUAGCACAUCUCCGUGAGUCAUUGUGGAUUACGAAAUUGGAGAAUGUUAAGAAUAGUGGUGAAGCAUCGAAUGCAAGGAUGGAUGAAAAAAUACACCUGAAUGCUUUAUAUUUGGUGUGGUCAUCAUAUGAAGAAAGUGAGGUUUGUGAUUCCGAAAGUGAAAAAGAUGUACUUGACAAAUUACGUCCUCACAAAGACUUGAAGAAGCUAUCCAUCGAGGGUUACAGAAGUAGCAUGUUUCCGGAUUGGGUAGGGCAGUCUUCGUACCACAACAUGACUUCGUUGGAGCUGAGUGGAUGCAGGAAUUGUUGGGUGGUUCCUUCACUUGGACAGUUACCCUCUCUGGAGAGGCUCGUUAUUGAAGAGUUCGAGAAGCUGAAGAAGAUUGGUGGGUCAUUCUAUAAGGGUGAUGGAACUCAUCAGCAUCAGGAGACACCCUUCCGAUCCCUUAAAUCUCUGGAAUUUUAUGUUAUGCCUUGCUGGGAGGAAUGGGAGUCAUAUGAAUGUGAUGAUGAUGAUGAUGCACCAUUUCCGAAACUUGAGACACUUGAGAUAUGGCUUUGUCCUAAGUUAAGAGGAGAUUUGCCCACUUUCCUUCCGUCUUUGAAAGAACUCGACAUUAGAGGAUGCAAGGAGCUUGGUUGUUAUCUGCCAAGAGCUCCCAUCCUACGCAAAUUAAGAAUAGAUGGCAAACAGGAAGCAAGAAUGCGGGAGCUACCACUUUCCAUGUUGGAGACACUAGAAAUUAAUGGAGAGCAGCAGGUGGAGUAUGUGUUUGAGGCCAUGACCCACACCCAACCAACCUCUCUCAUAGACCUACACAUCUCAGAGUGCUCAUCAGCCAUAUCAUUUCCAGGGAAUUCUUUGCCCCCUUCAUUGGAAUAUCUACACAUCUACGAUUGCAAGAAUGUAGAAUUCCCAAUGCAACACCAACAACAUGAGUCACUAACGAGUCUUACAAUAGACAACAGCUGUGAUUCGCUUACAUCCUUCGCAUUGCCAGCAUUCCCAAAUCUCAAGGAUCUCACAGUCACAAGACGUGAAAAUUUGACAUCUCUGGAGGUGUCACAGACACAGCCCCUCCAAUACUUAUCAAUUUCAGAGUGCCCUAAGCUGGAGAACAUAAUAAGGCUGCCUGCCUCUUUACAUUAUCUCGACAUCAAAGAAUGUCCGUUGUUGGGUGAAGGCAUAGAGAGGAAGGACCCCCACAUUUGGCCAUCCAUUUCCCACAUCCCCAACAUUUGUGUUGACGGCACAUGGGUGAAGGCAUAGAGAGGGACAUUUAAUGAUUCUUCUGGGACUUGUCAGUUUAAUGCAGUUCCGUUGUGCACCUCCAUUCUUCUACUUGUCUUACACCCAAAUGGAAGGCCUUUCAUUACCUUUCUUUGUGUUGCUCCUGCUUGCUUCCCCGUGCCCUUUGUUGGAUUUGCUAAGCUCAAUUUGGAGAGCCGGGGAACCUGGUCAAGAAUGAUUUCACGAGGUGUGGUCUCUGCAUCAAUACGAAAGCUGAAUUCAUGGAAGACACCAUCCUCAUACAAAAUCAAAAGAAGAAAUAAAUGAUGUAGAACAGAAUUUAGAUCAAUCAAAAUGCAACAAGAGCACCUUCAAUGAUAAGGAUACAGUUGGAGCAGCCUGUCAAAAAUUUAUCCUACUCUUUUUUGAGGUAUAGUGAUCUCAAAACAGUAUUCCUCAACUAAAGGAACAAAUGAAUUCUGAGGCAUGUCUUUCGACUACUUUUGCACCACCCCUUAGACUCACCCAAAUCUAAGGCCUUUCAUUACAUUUCUUGGUGUUGCUCUUGCUUGCUAGCUUGUGGCCCUCGUUGGUUUGCAAGAGACGAAUCGGAGCAAACUUGGAUUAAUUCUAAUUAGGAGACCAAAGGAAUCUGGGCAAGAAUGAUGGAGGAACAAUGAAUCCCAAACAAAUCAGAUGAGGUGCAGUCUCUGCAUCAAUUCAAAAGCAGAAUUCAUGGAAGACAUCAUCCUCGUACAAAAUCAAAAGAAGAAAUGGAUGAUGAAAAACAUAAUUUGCAAGGACAAAUAGACCAAUCAAAAUGCAACAAGAUUACCUUCAAAUCUUCAAUGAUAUGGAUACAGUUGGAGCAAUCUGUCAAAAAUAGACAGAAAGCUUACAAACUUUUCAAAGAAAAAAAGGAAGGACAAACUUAGUUUUAUAUUUUUAUUUACAGUAAACAAAUAUCUUUUUUUUUUCUUAAGAGUUUUCAUGCCUUUAUUGUUUCAUUCUAUUUUAGGAGAGCUGAUAUGAGUUAUUCUGUUUAUACCAAAGAGAGAGAGCUUAGAAAGUGAGAAUCAAUUUCUGUUAUGAAAAAGGCAAGAGAGCUAGGAUGUGAGAAUAUCUGGAAAAAGUCAUAGUGCCGUUUGAGAAAUUUGUUUUUUGUAUUGGCUUGAAUUGGUAUUUGUAACUUGAAUUUGUUUAUAGUGAAAAAUUCUACCAUUUGUUGUGGUGGAGACUGGAUGUAGAUCCCACUUUGGGAUUGAACCAGGAUACAUCGUGUUGUUCAUCUUCUCUAUUACAAUUUUCAUUCACAAUAUUGUUAUAAUUGUCAUCUGCAUAUGUUUUUGGCAAAUCAUGCAAUCAUUUUAUAAAAUCACC